AUGGUCGUCAUUCUCACAGCUCUUGUCUUCCUCUGGCCGGAAGAUCCAAAACUGAUGAUCAGCGAACGCAUUCUCACCCUUUACAGCCUCCUUAUGGCUCUACAGUCCCCUCUUACGAAUGAUCUGCCCUACGGCAUCCAGUUUGCCUUCGAACAUCUCGUUUGCUUUAAGCGAAUACAGGUAAGACCACACAGGCUAUAUGGCUACUUUCUGUUAUAA